AAUUUAGAGGUUAUGUUUGUAAAGUGCCGGUGACAGCCUUUGUGUUAUUCUCGUUAUUCUUUUAAAAAAAUGUUUAAAAACAAAAAAGGGAAGAAUUAAUUAAACAUUGUCGUGCAACGUCUUUGUUUGUGUCAAUUGUUGAAAAGAUUUGUUUCAAUAAAUAAAUUGCAAUUGUUGAAAUUGAAAUGUUUACAAAAAGUAAUUGAACGUCAUUCAUUAUUGUUAAUUCGUUUAAUUUCGUUUGAAAUUUUGUUGUGAGACACUUUACAAAAUGAAUGAAAAAGGACAAUCAAUUAAAAAAGGAACUACUAUUUUAACAACCAAACCUUUUGCUUAUAUUUUGAGUUCAAAGCAAAUAAAUAAUAGAUGUGACAAUUGUCUUGAAAGUGGCAAGCUUUUAAAAUGUUCCGGUUGUCACUAUGUUCAAUAUUGCAAUCGCGAUUGUCAGAGGGACGCUUGGAAUAUUCACAAACAAGAAUGUAUAAAUUUGAAAAGAAUUGCUCCUCGAGUUAUUCCGGACGCUGCUCGUUUAAUGGCGAGAAUAAUUGUCAAACUCAAUAGCGGUGGAGGAGAGGAAAAGGGAUAUUAUUCCGAUCACAGUUUUCGAAAAUUCAAAGAUUUAAUGUCACAUUAUACGGAUAUAAAGGAAGACAAGAAGCGAAUGGAACACUUCACGUCUCUUUGUGGAGUUUUAUUCGAAUUUAUGGGAAAAUCCGAACUUCCUAAUCCAGCGGAAUUAAUGGGAAUUUAUGGGAAAAUUUGCGUUAAUUCAUUCAAUAUAUUGGACAGUGAUAUGAAUAGUAUUGGAGUUGGCAUUUAUUUGUCGCCUUCUAUUCUCGAUCACAGUUGUAAACCAAAUGCAGUCGCUGUUUUUGAAGGGACGAAAAUUAUUAUUCGUACAAUUGUCGAUGUUCCUCGUUUCGAGUGGUCACAGAUAAAAAUUUCCUAUAUCGAUUUAAUGAAUUCGAGAGAUUCGAGACAAGCGGAAUUGAUGAGCACUUAUUAUUUUUUGUGUGAUUGUGAAAAAUGUAAGGAACCUGAGCCAUUAACUGAAUCAGCGAUUUGUCAAGAAAUUUCAUGUUCAAAAUAUUGUGAUAUUAGUGAUGAUAAUUGCUCCCAUUGUGGAAAAGAAGUUUCCAACGAACUACGCGAGAAAUUCGAGGAUGCGAGAGACUUUACUGAAAAUCAUUUACAAAGAAUGAAGAGUAUGGCUUAUAUCGAUAUCAGUAAAAUGUGUUUAAAGAAACAAAAAGGAGUUUUUCAUCCUCUUAAUUUGCAACACGUUCGAGCAUUAGAGUCAGCAUUUGAUGCUUCUGUGACAUUAUCAUAUUGGGAAGACGCUGAAUUCUACGCUCUGCAAUUAAUUCCAGGAUAUUUACAUUACUACGAGCAAAUGCAUCCUUUAACGGGUCUUUUGUAUCUUCUACUAGGAAAAAUUCAAAUGCAUUUGGGCAAAAUCAAAAUUGCUUAUGAGACUUUAAAAACAUCUCGUUCUAUUUUAUUAAUCACUCAUGGUGAAAAUCAUUCGGUCUUGACGAAAAAUGUAAUACCACUACUUUCUCAAGCAAUUGCCGAAAUUCGUGGAAAUAUUCCUUCAAUUUGUUAAUCGCAAAUUUUUCAAGUUUCAUCAAAAAUAUUUGUGAGUCUACAUUCAACGAAAAAUCAAAUUACGAUUUCAUUCCAAAGGAAAUUUUCAAAAUUUCUAAGACUGCGUACGGAAAAAACAAUUCUUCUUAAUUUAUUAAAUUUGUAAAUAAUUUGAAUAACAAAUUCAAAAUAUAAUUUUUGUAAAUGUUGAAAAA